AUGGCGGAUUUUAAAAAUAGUGAUUCAUGUGAAGAAAUAAUGCCGAAAAAAACUGACCCGGAAAACAAACCGAACUUACAAGAUGAGGACAGCGAAAGCGCCGAAGAACAACCUCUCGAUAUCGGCGAACAUUAUUUAUGCAGACGUUCCGACGAUACCUGGCAUCCCGCAGAAAUUAUACAAUCGCGAUAUAACGACUUGGAGCGCCAGUACGAAUACUAUGUACAUUACGAGGGCUACAACAGAAGACUGGACGAAUGGGUUCCAAGAGGUCGAAUAAUGUCGUCCAGGUUUAACCUGACGGAAUGCGGCCAAAAGGCCCCGUUCGACGUGAAAGUAUGGAGAGACCGGCCCGUCAUAACGAACCUGCUAUCGGAUAACUCCGACAGGAAGAUAACUCGCAACCAGAAGAGGCGACAUGAUGAAAUCAACCACAUACAAAAAACGUACGCAGAAAUGGAUCCCACAACAGCAGCUUUGGAGAAAGAACACGAGCAAAUCACGAAAGUUAAAUACAUCGAUCGAAUACAGAUCGGUCGAUUCGAAAUCGACACUUGGUAUUUCAGCCCUUUCCCCGAGGACUACGGCAGACAAAGCAAACUGUGGAUAUGCGAAUAUUGUUUGAAAUACAUGCGAUUAGAGAAGAGCUACAAAUAUCACAUGAGCGAAUGUACUCAAAGGCAACCGGUUGGUAAAGAAAUAUACAGAAAAGGAACCUUAUCAGUAUAUGAAGUGGAUGGUAAAGACUACAAAGUGUACUGUCAAAAUUUGUGUUUGCUGGCCAAAUUAUUCCUCGAUCACAAAACGUUGUAUUUCGAUGUCGAACCGUUUCUGUUCUACAUAUUGUGCGAAGUAGACAAACAGGGAGCCCACAUUGUCGGGUACUUCUCGAAGGAAAAAGAAUCUCCAGAUGGCAAUAACGUGGCCUGCAUACUAACUUUACCGCCCUACCAACGCCAGGGUUACGGCAAAUUGUUGAUAGCUUUCAGUUACGAAUUAUCCAGACUAGAGGGCGCCGUCGGUAGCCCCGAACAGCCGCUCAGCGAUUUGGGGAAGCUCAGCUACAGGAGCUACUGGAGUUGGGUGUUGCUCGAGAUACUCAGAGAUUUCAGAGGGACGCUGUCGAUAAAAGAUUUAAGUCAAAUGACGAGCAUCAGUCAAACGGACAUAAUUUCGACGUUGCAAAGCAUGAAUAUGGUGAAAUAUUGGAAAGGGCAACACGUUAUAUGCGUUACACCGAAACUGGUCGAUGAACACAUCAAAUCCAGCCAGUAUAAAAGGCCACGAUUGUGCGUCGAUAGCAGCGCCCUCAGGUGGACGCCGAGGCGACAUCUCAAUAACAAUAAGCUGGGGAAAAAGUGA